AUGCUCUCUCCCAGUUCCACUUGGCUCGCGUUCUCAAGUCUAUCUACUUCAGAACACACAGUGCCUGAGCGCGACCUACUGGCUCGUCUUCUCAUGUCAAAUUCGUGCUAUGAGGCACUGCCCAUCUCUGGACGUUUGAUAGUUUUCGAUGUAGACCUUACAAUGUGGCGAGCUUUCGCCGCUCUUGUGAGAAGUGGUAUGGCUUUAAACGGCUGA